GCUUAUGUAAUCAAUUGAAGUUAUGAUGCGGUGUCCGGUAAGGAGUGACGUGCAUUAUACUCGACCAUGCUCGACCACUGCUCGAUCUCGCACAAAGCUAAAUCUCACUAUCAGCUGCAGGAGGUAUUGUAUUAUGGUCACGUUCCUUACCCCAGAGGCAUCUCACUUGGCUUCUUCUCCUCGUCUCCCGUGAAUUCUCUCAUACGUGAAGCCCUGAUCGAAGGGCGGACAGCCGAGGAAAAAUACGAGAAGGACGGGUACGCAGUGAAGUGGACAUUCUUUAAUGAUCUAGAGCUAAUUUUGUGGUACGUUGCAUAUCAUCGCAUUCUCCAACUAACUUACGUGGAUGACCUGCUAGCUGCGCUCAAGGCACUGUUUAUAAAAUUAUUCGAGCCAUUCUUGGCUACUUUCGUUGCUUCGUUGCAUGCAAUAAAAAGCGGGAAACUCGUAUCAGGUGCUGCGCGCGAUUCUGCCAAAACGUGGAACUUUGCAAAAGCAUUUGAAGGCUGGGAUGGUGUCUUCGACAAGCUCUUGAAGGGAUUCGAAGACAAGGCUGCCCAGGUGCUUCCCUCCGAAUCGUCAAUUGCAGUGCAGGAUGAGCAACAGAUAGCCCGCAACGUACAAGCACUGAAGAACAGACUGCGUGGCCGGGGUGGCCGAAGGGGAGGGCGAGGUGUGACGAGGGUGGACUCGGGAAGCGGCCGGGACAGUGUGCCAGCUUCAGACUCCGAGUCAACGAGCAAAAGGGCGAAAAGCAAGGCGCAGCGGAAAUGGGGUGAAUCGGCCCCGUCAGAAACAGAAAUGGCUUCUUUGGACUUUAGCAUCGACAAGCCUGACUCCGGCACAAAUGGUCAUUUAUCGCAUGACCUGCAGGCCCUCGUAGACAAAGCCUCUCUUGGAACUAGGACAAGGGAUGGUUUAUAUGAAGUCAAGGAUUGGGACUUUGGUGGAAAGGACGACGAGUCGAAUGACGCUAUCACUCGUGCUUUGAAGAAUGAGGGUGCAAAGCAGCCAUCGGGCUCAUUGGGCGCUCUGAGUUCUUUGUUCUCCCGUUUGACAGGCUCCAAAAAUCUUAACCGAACAGGAUUUGAAGCCUCCACCAGCAACGCCGUUAGGACGGCACUGUCAUCUUCGCUCACGCGUAUUCUGACGCCCAAGACCUCAACAGACCUGUUAUUGUCAAUCAGGACUAAACUUUCUUCCCCCCUGCCUUCCGCUCAACAGAGGAUGCCUUAUAGCAUCACCUUUGUGGGUGUGAAUGGCGUAGGAAAGAGCACAAACUUGUCAAAAGUCUGUUUCUGGCUCAUCCAGAACGGCUUGCGGGUGCUCAUUGCAGCCUGUGACACUUUUCGGAGCGGUGCGGUCGAACAGCUUCGCGUGCAUGUGCGCAAUCUUUCUAUGCUUGGUGUCAACGGCGCAACAAAUAGCAAAGGCCGUGUUGAAUUGUAUGAGAAAGGGUACGGGAAGGAUGCUGCGGGAAUCGCCAAAGAAGCUAUUGCAUAUGCCAAAGAUAACGAUUUUGAUGUCGUUUUAAUUGACACAGCUGGGCGCAUGCAAGACAACGAGCCCCUCAUGCGUGCACUUGCCAAGCUUGUUGCCGCGAAUAACCCAGACAAGAUAAUCUUUGUCGGCGAGGCGCUCGUUGGCAAUGAGGCCGUCGACCAGCUUACUAAGUUCGACCGCGCCCUUCGUGACUUUUCUUCUGCAUCCGGCUCGGGCAAGGGGCGUGGCAUUGACGGUAUGCUAGUGACCAAGUGGGAUACUGUGGAUGACAAGGUUGGCGCAGCGCUCUCGAUGACAUAUGUGACAGGCCAGCCAAUUAUUUUUGUCGGAUGUGGCCAGACAUAUACUGACCUCCGUCAGCUGAGAGUUGCAAACGUGGUACAAGCGAUACUGAGCGACUGAUAUUUCUCAUGUAAUUUUGUUAUCUACUUGCUAUCUAUAUUGAAUCAAAACCAGUGUUGAAAAUUAGUAUAGCUGGCAAACACACCGGCUGUGCUAGGAGUCAAAACCCCGGAUCUUUUCCUUUUGCGCAACCUCCUAAGUUGCUGCCACACCCAAGGCGACCCAGUCUAGUGCGGAUAUUAUUACGGUUUAUCUAUCUACUGAGGGCUAUACCCCCCAGACCAGUUCUUUGAAAUUGCCAUGGCAUUAAUACAAGAUGUGUUGCAUAAACCGACAGCUUCAGACUGGUCACUGAGAUGACCCUGGGGUUCGGAGAAGAUGUUCCUAUAUGCGUAGGUCAGGUCAUG